UAUUGUUUAUAAGUGUAAAUAUAUCAGUAUGAAAGGUUGUAUAGGUUGUAACUGUAAUUUGAAAGUAUGCAAAUGUUUUAACGGAUUGUUGUCCAAGUGACAAAGACUGUUUCGGCCAUUUGACUGUUUUUACCUUGUUACACAAUGGUUCACUGGACUUUAAUCCAUGUUCUACUCUGGAAUUCAUUUUCCGUUCAUCUGUCUUAUGCAGUCACACACACACUGCACUACAUCCACACUGCAGUCACACCAGGAAUAAAUUUACCAGAAUACACUGAUGUUGGUCUGGUUGAUGGAGAGCCAUUUGUGUACUAUGACAGUAACAUAAAGAAAUACAUCCCAAAAACUGAGUGGAUAAAGAAGAUCACUGAUGAUGAUCCAGACUACUGGAGCAGUGGGACACAGAAUCAGAAUGAUGAACAGGAGAUCUACAAAGAUGAUGUGAUUACACUAAUGAGGCGCUUUAAUCAGACUGAAGGGGUUCACACACUACAGAGGAUGUAUGGAUGUGAGCUCCAUGAUGAUGGGACUGUUAGAGGUUAUGAGCAGUUAGCUUAUGAUGGAGAAGAUUUCAUUAGUCUUGAUCUGGAACAUGUCACCUGGACUGCAGCCAAACCUCAGGCUCUUAACACAAAAAGCAAAUUGAAUACAGCAGGAGCUGCUACUUUUGAAAAAUUAUAUUUGGAGAACAUCUGUAUUGAUUGGUUACAGAAGUAUGUGACCUAUGGCAGAGAGACUCUGGAGAGGAAAGCUCGUCCUGAGGUAUCCGUCUUCCACAAACACUCGUCUACAGAUGUGGUGUGUCACGCUACAGGUUUCUACCCUGAAGAAGUAAUGAUCACCUGGCAGAGAGAUGGAGAGGUCAUGCAUGAGAAUGUGGAGCUCAGAGAGUCGUUACCAAACCAGGAUGGAAGCUUCCAGAAGAGAAGCAUACUGAGGGUCUCACCUGAGGAUCUGAAGAAACACAACUACACCUGUGUGGUUCAGCACAGCAGCCUGGACAAGGAGAUAGUGAAGAUCCUCCUGAGAGAUGGAGGAUCUGCUGCACUGCAUAUUGGUUUUCUUGCUGCAGUCUUGUUUUUUGUUCCUUUUGUUGGAUUUCUCAUCUGGAAGAAAAAAUCUGGCUUCAAACAAGUUCCACAAAACAUGAGCCCCUCUGAAGAAAAACCACAACAAGAAGACUGACUAUCUUCUGAACUGAGAGAGACUUUUACAUUGUGAUUAUGUAUUAAAUAGAUUAUGGUUCUUUAGUAAAACUGAAUCACAAUUCAGAAGUGAUCAUGUUUAUUUUGGUGUAUAUUUUUUCCAGGAGUCCAGACAGAUGAUGAC